AUGGCAGAAGUAGCAGCAGCCCUUUAUGCGGCAGAAACAGUCGUCGAAGGCGCCGCAGUCGGUGCAUUGGCAGUGUCCAGGUCGACGGCGCCUUUACAUCUGAACUUUCGGAAGAUAGCUCUCCCAACCAGUGAGAAAGGACUGGCAAGAUCAGGACAUACUCUGAAUAUCGUCAAAGGGAAAGCCUACAUCAUUGGUGGUCGUCAAGACGACAACACUGUUCUCGCUGUCACUCUACCAGUUGCCUCGUCCACAGAUGGUGAAGGAGAUUUGACUCCCCAGGAUGUCGAGAAUGUUCAACCCCAAUACCGAAACGACAACCGUCCGCUUGCACCCCACGACGGCUCUGAAGAAACUAGCAGCUCGAGGUUCACCUUCAACAGAGCGGGUCAUACAACAACUGCAAUUGGCGACAAGCUGUAUAUCUGGGGAGGCAAAGGCUCGACAUCCGAUCAACCUCCAGAAGACGUACCUGCACAAUCGUCGGACCACUUUGUGGUUUUCGAUGUUUUGACCAACACUUACAACAUCCUGACGGCCGACCCAUCCAAGUGUCGCGAAGGUCUUCCCCCGCCAAGGACAAAUCAUACGGCAACAUCCUCACCACAUCCACAACCUGGUUCACUUCCAGAUGGCCCAACGACCGACGCCCACGGCACGAUCUUCAUCCACGGCGGCAGCUCUGAUUCUCCAGGCGGUGCAUCUUUGGAUACAGAUCUGCGAGACACGUGGGCAUUUGAUAUUGGAGCACGAGUAUGGACUCGUCUACCGGACAUACCUGACCCAGGGCCAUCCGAGAUAGCCAACGAGGGCAGGAUUGCCUAUGUCAAUGGACGUCUAUGGAGACUCGGCGACGGCUUCGGACGCGCGAUGUAUCUAGAACUCGCGGAGCAUGACUCUCAUCCACAUCCCAACACAAAUCUCCCUGGCGGUCCAAACACAAACGAUGCAUCGGUGCUGGGUGUUGGCUUGAAGGGCGACGGAAAGUGGCAAGUAAUCAGUUUCGGCACAGAAGCGACAGACCCGGGUGGUCCUGGAGGCACCAGCAGCGCGAGCACCAAUGCGUCUCAACUCCCCAUGCCCAGACUUUCCGCUGGUCUUGUGCCUAUAACCACGGGCGCCGGUCGACAAUAUUUGGUCUAUUUCAUGGGCCGGGAGCUCAAGACUGGUGGGUUAAACGACUUCUGGUCAUUCCAAAUACAGUCCGAAGAGGCCUCGGCCGCCAGCAUCAAGGACAAAGUGCGGGACAUGGUGAGCAAAGCAAAGACUUCCUGGGACUCGGGCAAGCAUACCUGGGCGAAAUGUGAGCUGGCCAAAGAGGACACCAAGAAGGAGACUCAACAGCACCAAGGCGACAGCGCAAUAGGAAAGGAGUCUAGCGGCGGUUGGCCGGAAGGACUGUACGACUUCGGCUGUGACGUCUGGAAUGAUCAAGGAGGACACGUGUUUGUGAUCUGGGGAGGUAGGAGAGAUGAGGAAGUCGUGGACGAGGGAUGGGUUGUGACAGUGCAAUGAGGCUCGCAGUGGCUCUUUCAAUUGAUUCUAGUCGUUGAUCCGGAUGGUACAUGACUUCAGUACUGCGUAGCUGGGUCGAGUUGAGCCGGGAAAACUCAUUUGCUUCGCUGCACGGUGGGCCUUGAGCAUUCCGAAAAGGGGCACGACAACGCAGGUGCGAAUCUGGACGUGGGUGAAAAUGUACAAUACUGCGUCGCAAAAGAUACUGGGACCGGUCCAACCAGGGAGGAAAAGUGCGAGUCAAUGGAUAGAAUGAUA